AUGGACGAAAACCUGGCGGCAUAUUACCAGCCGCCGGUUCCUCCCCCGCCAACCGUCGCACACUACCCGGCCUACUACCAAGCCCCACCGCCGACCAUACCUUCACUCGCGCCCCUCCCGCUCCCGCCACACCACCACCCUUACAUCCCCCAGCGACCUUCGCCGGGAGCCCCCGCAGGUUUCGCAUCCUACGUGGCUCAGGAUCAGGUGCGCACACUGUUCGUUGCUGGGCUUCCGGAGGACGUGAAGGCCCGGGAAAUCUACAACAUCUUCCGCGAGUUCCCGGGCUACGAAUCCUCCAAUCUUCGUAGCCCAACUCAAAGCUCUCAGCCAUUUGCUUUUGUUACGUUUGUGGACCAGAUUUCUGCGGUUGCUGCACUGCACGCACUCAAUGGGUUGGUUUUUGAUCUUGAGAAGGGAUCAACCCUGCAUAUUGAUCUUGCAAAAUCCAAUUCCCGAUCCAAACGUUCGAGAACAGAUGAUGAGUGCUCGGGCUCGGAUAAGAAAGCCAGAGGAUCCUCAGGAUUUUCUACGGGUGCAGCUGAACUGGGUUUUGGCAGCAUCCACUUGCCUGGAAUCGGUAAUUCUGCUUACAACACGAUUGGUUAUCCACCUGCACAAAGUCAUGGAAACUCUGAUGGCAGAGCUGUAAAGGAUUCAGCAACUGCAAAAUUGAGUAAUUCUUUAGCACCGCCAUGUCCAACCCUUUUUGUUGCUAAUUUGGGGCCAAAUUGUACAGAGCAGGAGCUUAUUCAAGUGUUCUCGAGAUGUCCUGGAUUUUUGAAAUUGAAGAUGCAGAGUACAUAUGGAGCUCCAGUAGCAUUUGUUGAUUUCCAGGACACUACCUGUUCUACUGGGGCACUGAAUCAUCUGCAAGGGACUGUUGUUUACUCAUCACCAGCUGGUGAGGGAAUGCGGUUGGAAUAUGCAAAAUCUCGAAUGGGCAUGCGAAGGAAGCCAAGGUAA